AAAAAAUUGUCACCCAAUUUUGGUGCUACAGUUCUCUAUCUCUCUCUUGCUGUUUAUGCGGUUGUGGUUCUGCAGCUUCCCUUACCUCUCUUUCUCAAGAAGACUCAACAAAAGAGAAAAAACAUUUGCUUUUCCUUUUAAUAAUUUUAUCAUGUGAUUAUUAUUGUUUUAGUUUUUCUCCUUCCCUCUUUUUUUCAUAUUUUUCUUUAUUCUUUUGUCUGCAGUCCCAUUUCAUUUUUGGCCUAAUGAGGGGGUUGAUUCCCUGAGAUUAGACCCGUUUCCGAAUCAGGAAACAAUUUUCUUUUGAAAUGGGUUGCAUCAGCUCCAAGAAUGCCUCAUGUCUAACGGACCAGGGAGCCUCACCGGUCCACCACAGGGAAAACGCCCCUGAACCCGACUUCUCCUCCAUGAACCAGCAACAUCGAGUUUUUGUUGAUCAUUCACUGGGGGCGAGUCACAAUAACAGAAGGUCAAGGAAAUCGAAAAGGCUUGGUGUAAGCCUUCUUUCCGGAUUGUCUGCUCAUAGGAACGUAGAGGCUGAGCAAGCAGCUGCUGGUUGGCCUUCUUGGCUUUUUUCAGUUGCGUCUGAGGUUGUUGAGGGGUGGGUUCCUCUAAAGGCAGAGGCGUUCCAGAAGUUGGAGAAGAUUGGACAAGGAACAUAUAGUAGUGUGUUUCGAGCAAGGGAAGUAGAAACUGGAAGAAUGGUGGCUUUGAAGAAGGUAAAGUUUGAUAGUCUUCAACCCGAGAGCAUUAGGUUUAUGGCAAGAGAGAUUUUGAUUCUACGAAAACUCAAUCAUCCUAACAUCAUGAAACUUGAGGGUAUAGUCACGUCUCGUGCGUCCGCAGCAUCCAUUUAUCUUGUUUUCGAGUAUAUGGAACAUGACCUUUCCGGUUUAUCCUCAAAUCCUGACAUUAGAUUCACCGAGUCACAGAUCAAAUGUUACAUGCAGCAACUACUUUGGGGACUAGAGCAUUGUCAUAUGCAAGGCGUAAUACAUAGAGACAUUAAGGCAUCAAACAUUUUGGUCAAUAACAAAGGAGUUUUAAAGGUUGGAGACUUUAUUGGGCUAGCAAAUGUGGUCACAGCUAAAAACAAACACCAAUUGACAAGCCGUGUUGUGACUUUAUGGUAUCGAGCUCCUGAGCUUCUUAUGGGGUCUACUAGCUAUGGAGUAUCAAUCGAUUUGUGGAGUGUGGGAUGUGUUUUUGCUGAGAUUCUAAUGGGAAAACCCAUCCUAAAAGGCAGAACCGAGAUUGAACAACUCCAUAAAAUCUAUAAGCUCUGUGGAUCUCCACCAGAUAGUUUCUGGAGAAAAACUUGGCUUCCUCACGCAACUUCCUUCAGGCCUCAACAUACUUAUGAAGCCACACUCAGAGAACGAUGUAGAGAGUUACCAACUAGUGGUGUUUCUCUAUUAGAAACUUUACUCUCAAUGGAACCAUAUAAGCGUGGGACUGCUUCAUCUGCACUUAAUUCCGAGUAUUUUUUGACGACGCCUUAUGCGUGUGACCCUUCUUCAUUGCCUAAAUAUCCACCAAACAAAGAAAUGGAUGCAAAAUAUCGCGACGAUAUGUGCAGGAAAAGGGCAAACCUUAAGCUUCGAGAUUCUGGAGUAGGCAGGAAACACAAAAGACCAAAUAGCUACGCUAAGCUGCCAAUAAGACAGGACACGUUUGAGGACAAAAACAUGCGUAAUGAUGCGUCAAUUACAACAACAACACAUGGAAAUUACUACAAAUUCUCUGACCUCCCAGUGACUACAGGACCAGCCGGUGGUUUUGUGUGGGCUGUGAAAAGACGGAAACAUCCUGAUAAUAUCUCCACUCUUACUUACUAUCAACCAAGCUCAAGGAGUCAAUUGAGCGAAACAAGUGUCGCUUUUGCCAAGAACACUUUUGGUUUAAACUCAAACCUAGACAAUGACUCGGUCUGGGAGGUUCAAGGAGACAACGAUGAUCAAAUUGUGGAGGAUGUGCCUAGUGAGGGCAAGCUUAGCCGCAUUGGUCAACGGCAAGGAUCACUUAAUGGGUGUGGUUUGGAUUUCAGCCAAAGAGAUAAAGAUUCUCCGGUAAAGAUAAACUUAGAGCAUCUACAAUCUGGUAAACAGAGCAUAUCAGGACCGUUGAUUUUUAAAUCAGGCAAGAUUGACGAAAUUUUGCAAAGGAAUGAAAGUAAUAUCCGGCAAGCUGUCAGAAAAUUUCACUUCCAGAGGGACCAAGAUAUAAAGGAAAAGUAAGAAAAAAAAACGCGGAGAAAAGAGAAGAAAAAAAAAGAAACAUUACUAGAACUUUGUGAAUUCGAUUUCUACCCAAAAUAUUUCUGACCCCUCUUAGUUCUUAUGAUAUUACCACGUGAUAGGAGGAAAAUUACGUAUAUAAUGUCAUUUUAGAGAAAUCUUAGAAAAUAGUAUGUCUGGGCGUUCGGUGGUCCGUUCGGUUUCGGUCCGGGUGAUUUGAAUUUUCGGAUUUUCGCUGUUAUGCGCAUAAGUACCAUUUAGUUUUUACUAAUUAUCGGAUCGGAUUCGGUUCGUUUUUUUCCGGA